CCAAUUGCGGUGGCAUCAACUAUCGUAUAAAGCACGUUUGUCGUGUAGGAAUUACUAGUGCAUAGUACAUUGUCAAAACAACGUAGCCGCGAUAACAUCAGUCCACAUGUCUGCCAGCACGAUCAUGUAGUUUGUGAACACAACCGAUAAACGACAGGCCAUAUAGCGUAUCACGAGACGUGCACUGCACGUGCAGGAACUGACGCAUGAGAUAAUAUUAUAUUAUGCAGAAUGAAUGGAGCUGGCAACUUAUUCUGCUCUUUGGUCGUCUGUAUUGUCAUUUUUGGAAUAACCAACGGGAGAAAGUUAAAGUGUGGAAAAUGUGAUGAGGGUCGCUGUCCGAUUCUACACUACUGUGUCGGCGAUGUCGUCAAGGACCACUGUGGGUGUUGCGCAGUAUGCUCCAGCGACGUGUACCAGCCGACAAAGAAAAAAAAUGGCGCCUGUGAGCAAGUGAAGUGCCCCAAGUUCAAAGUAUGUGUAGAGAACAUGCAGGGGCUGCCUCUGUGCACCUGCCCCAGUGACUACAUCUGCCGCAGCAGACGACAACGCGAGGUGUGUGGCACCGACAAUAUCACGUACACCUCACGGUGUCACUUACGCAUUGCCGCUUGCAACAUUGGGAAGCGGAUCAAGGUCGAGCACAAGGGGCCAUGUGACGUCCAACGUGACGCGGCAGAGACGGUGGAGAAGAAGAAGAAGCGAAGAAAGGCUAAAAGGAAGAAUAAAAAGAAUAAAAAAUCUAAAGGUGGUAAAGCAAAGAGGAGGAAUAAGAGGAGGGAACGAAGGCGAAACAAUAAAUCUAUUCGGAAGAAGAGGCGAUACAGAAACGGAAAACUUCGAUUCGAAAAGACAUUUGGACAUUAUAAGUGGAAAUCCUAGAUGUGUAGUUGUAGCUUCUGGACAUAUCGAACAGGGCAUACAGGUGGAUGUAUAUUUGUCAUUAAGUGUUAGUGCUAUGUCUACGUUGCGUUGAUACAGCUCGUUCCGUUUGUAUUAUUUGUAUCACAUGGAUUCCUACAUUUGCGGAAACCACGUCGAGCAGACGCCUGGUUGAUAUGACCUGUUAGAAGAAUCCACGUUUUGUGUUUAAUGGGUAACAGCGACCACAUAGAGACGUGAUAUGUCGAUUCUAUGGAUUUUAUGUUGGAAACAUCGUCGGUUGUCCGGGGAUUUUUAACGCCACGAUCUGAUAAGUACCUUGAGGACCACUCGACAUCGAUCUGAAUUACGCGCUUCAAAAAGCAGAACCUGGGGGACGUAGUGAAACAGUCUGAUUCUGAUUCGCUGAGACAAACUGGGAUCAUGGUUCGUGCCAUGGUAGCGAAUCUCACGAAUGGGUUGAGGAGCUAUGUACCGUACCUCAUUGGCAAGACCGCACCGCUUUCAUCGACGAGACCAGUCUGGUGACCAGUGGCGUAUUAAUCCCAAGGUGAACCAAUCACAACAUGGACUUAAAUAACACCCUGAAUUCAGAGGAUGUGUUUGAGAUUUGACUUCAAGUAUAGAUGGGUAUGAAAAGACAUUGCUCGUUUAAUCGCGUCCUAAGUAUUCUGACCCUGCCAUCAUGAUAUAUAGUUUAUCUGAAGAAUUCUGUAAGUGAAAUAUCACAAUGAAUUGCGAGUAUUCAACACACGCCAUAUUUGUUAGUAAUACAUUGAAACCUUGUUAGUCCGAACUCUGUUAAACCUGUAUUCCACCUUCUACACCACCUCUACUAGCCACGACUAUAUAAUCGUGAAGACGUAUGCUACGUAUGGGUGAUUCAUUAUCCCGGAUAUCAGUUAUCCUUGCAGUUGCAAUAGAGAGGUUGAGUUCGGAUUAACCAGGUUUCACUGCAUCAGCAUCUUGUUUGAAAGUGAUCGCUUUCUGUACAUCACAAUACUCACUAUAUACUAGACGUCAAAGUAUCUGUGUUAUAUUCAAACAGGAAAUAAACGUUUUUAUUCCGUU